UGGCCACAUUUGUAGAAGAAACGUCAUAGCUAUAUAACAUCGAGGUGAAAAUAAUUCACCAGUCAACUAGCUAUCUCUAAUUGUAAUGCAAGCAUGACUGAUUAUCCUAACAUUUGCUUCGUUGCGCUAUUCCUCGUCAUUUGCGUAUGCCCACUGUUGCAUACGGAAGAAGUAGCUAUCGCCGAAAAAGAAUUCCAGGAAGCUUUACGGGUCGGCCAAGAGUACGUAACCAAAUGGGAGCAACUGGAAGCCCAGAUAUUGGAAGUUGAUCGCAAUGGAAGCGAACAUCAUGGCACAAGUAGAGCCGAUGAAAAGUAUCACUCGCGUCGUUUCAAUCCGCAGCGAUACAACCCGGAAGCGAUGGCCCAGUCAAAAGAAGCCGCUGUCUAUCUGGUGGCUCGGCAGUACCUUAGCGACAAGUUGGGAAUCCCAGCCGAGAAGAUUGGAGAUUUUGAACGGUCGUCUACUUUUCGAAACGAUGGCAGUGACAGGCAAAUUUGCGACUUUAACUCCAAGUUUCGCACUUUUGAUGGGACGUGUAACAACGUCGGAGUUCCAUCGUUCGGGAAAUCGGGUACCAUUUUUAACCGACUCGUUUUCAACCCGAGCGAAGGAUACGAUGACGGUGUGGCGACUAUUCGAAGGAGCAAAUUAACGCGUAGUCCGUUGCCCAGCGCCCGUCUCGUCUCCACUACAGUUUUGAACAACAAAAGUUUUUCCCGUCUUGACGUCUCCCUUCUGACGAUGCAAUGGGGACAAUUCCUCGAUCACGACCUGACUUCGACCCCGACUUUCACCAAAAGUGAUGGUUCCGCAUUUCUGUGCUGUUCGGCUGAACAAACUGGCGUCAAUGUGGCACCUCCUCACCCCGAAUGUUUCCCCAUUGCCAUCCCCAGAAACGAUCCUGUUUUCAAUCCGUUGGGUAACGGUCAAGUGACGUGCAUGAAUUUCAUUCGCUCGACAUUUGGAAAUAAUUUGGACGGAUCUGUUCCCCGAAUGCGAUCACAGAUCAACGCUUUAACACACUGGAUCGAUGGCUCGAACGUUUACGGAAGUACAGCCGCAAAAGCCAGGUCCCUGCGAGAUCCCACAUCUGGUAGAGGCCGGAUGAGGACAUUCAUCAGCAAUUUAGGUCGUCAAAUGUUGCCUCUGGGCAACUGCUCAACUCGUUGUUUUGAUGCGGGCGACAGCAGAGUGAACGAACAGCCGCUACUCACAGUCAUGCACACCCUAUGGCUUCGCGAGCACAACCGCAUCGCUGAAAACUUGUGUAGAAUUUUUCCAAGACAGACGGAUGAGUUUUACUUUCAGCACGCUCGGCGAAUCGUUAUCGCUGAAAUGCAACACAUCAUUUACAAUGAAUACUUACCCGUCAUAAUUGGUCCCAAGAUGGCUGCCAAAGUUAAUUCUGAAAGUGGCUAUUCAAAUACUCUGAAUCCGGCCGUGUUUGCAGAGUUUUCUACUGCCGCCUUCCGCAUGGGUCACUCUCAGCUGAGAAGCUUUAUACGACUGUUCGAGAGAGACGGGCGGGACAGUAGAGAGAGUUAUCAACUCUCAGAUUCGUUCGAUGACCCCUCUCGGCUCUUAAGUUCCAACUUCAUGGACAAUGCUCUCCGGGGACUUCUUCAAGUACCUGCCGAAGAAGUGGACAGCUUUUUUGCAUUCGACAUUACCAGUCAACUUUUCAAGCCAAAAGGGGCAACACUCGGGCUGGAUCUGACAGCUCUCAACAUUCAACGUGGAAGAGAUCACGGCCUGCCAACAUACGGUAAAAUGUUAACAUUCUUCGGACAGCCUUUCCCAUCUAGAUUCGACCAACUGCUUCCGUUAAUACCGCAGCAAGUCGUCAACGCAAUGAAAUCAGUGUACGAAUCGGUACAAGACAUUGACCUGUUUAUUGGCGGAGUGACCGAAUAUCCAAUGCCCGACGCUGUGCUCGGCCCCACAUUUGCCAAUAUCUUCGCAUAUCAAUUUUCGAAUCUGAGGCGGAGUGAUCGUUUCUUUUACAAAUUCAAUGUCGAUCAACCCACCGGUUUCAGAUCAGGUCAACUGGCAGAAAUUCAAAAAGUUUCUUUGGCGCGAAUUAUCUGCGACAACAGUGAUGGCACCAUAGGUCAAAUCCCACCCAAAGCUUUCCGCACUCCCCACGAAUUAUACAACAGAUUUGCACCGUGCAGCAGCAUUCCAGGCAUCGACUUCACCAAGAUGUUUCCGCUAUAAAUAUUGAAAGAACCGCAAUGACGGGCUUUUCCUACACUGUUUGGUUUGAUAUUAUUUAGUUUAUUAAUAUCUGAAGGUGGAGGAUGCAUGGGGUACGGUGUUGGCAGAAAGAAAAACGUAUACCAAUAAAUCAAUCAAAUUGCUAUGAUUAUUCAACACAAUUUGGUCAUGAAAAAAGAAAGAUGAAGUUAUUACUUUAAAAAAUAACGAAUUAGAAGGUAGCACAAGUUGUUAUGCUGUUUGCAUUUCCUCCCUUAAACUACGGUAUACUUAAAAGAAUAGUAAAAUACUAAAGUGCGCAGUUCGAGUAAUAUGCCCAGGGAAAACUAAACUGAACAACCAAGUCGCAUCUGCCCCAACAAACUGAAAUGACAAGUUUUUUACGCAUUUGCAGAUUGCACUAUCCGAAUGCAUCCCCGUUGCCAUUCCGAGAAAUGAACCUGUUUUCAAUAGCGCACAUUUUUAUGGGUCAAUGCCGAAUGUCCUUUCUGUCGAGUACCUUUUUUUGCCGCUGUUAAAAAUAACCGAAUGAUUAGAAAUUAAAAUUGAAACAGCUCUGCCCUUGAAAACCAAAUUCGACGCCCAGUCUUUUAUCACAAAGCUCACGGAGGAUACCGAGGUUACGCAGGUUACGGACGAGGAAACUCAAGUGGCUGUAGACAGCAUAGAUUUGGAGGUUUUGGAAAGUCACCCAGUUUUAGAAAUGAUGGCAGCGACAGGCAAGUUCAUAAUACGGUAUUUCCUUAUCAAACCAAACCUUUUAUUUUUUCGACUCUUACUGCUCAUAUUUAACGGUUCAAAUUUGAUCAGACUGUUCAAGAGAGACGGACGGGACAGUAAGAGAGAGUUACCAACUCUCGAAUGAGCAUCAGCAACAUUGAGAUUUUGUUUUGUAUGUCAAUUUUUUCUCCUUCCUUUUGACUUUCGUUUUUUGUGAUGGGCGGUGGCUCAAUUGAAUGCAGAUUUUGCAAUGCGAAUAAUAAGGGUCUGGUACUUCUUGAGCGUCCACAAUAUUCCCGCAAUGAAAAGUGAGCCUAGCUCGCAAGUGAAUCACACUUCCCGUCAACGUUGAACCAACACCAACGUCAGUCUAAGAAUCCAGCUGAAAAAUGAUGUUGAGAUUUUAUUUUAAUUAAAAAAAGAUUUGUAUACUUAAAGUUGAAUUCUAGUCCAUUAUUGUAACUAACCUGUACUACCAGCACUCGUUUAUUUAAAAAAAGAAAUGUUAUGGCGAAACACUAAAUAAUUUUUGAGAGCACUGUGAUUCAAAUGAAAGUAUAAAAUUGAUUGAAUUUUUUUUUAACUUAAUCUGUUUAAGGAGAAUGUUGGGCAAUCAAAAAAGGUUUACCGACCGUCGUCUUAUUCGCGAUCGUGACUCUGCUGAGCUACUGCAGCCCGUCGUCUAGUUUCGCAUUCCUUCCUCGCGUCUCGUACAAAUAUGCUAUCAUCCCUUUGCCAGUGUGAGAUAUGCUCCCGUUGUACAGCCAAGUUGCCAAUCCAGGAUUCCUUCCGGUGCCACAUCAGUUAAUGUUAAUGGAUGGCCCUUCCCGUUCGGUUAUCCUAGUUUUAUUUCUCCGCCUAGUAGGCCUAAGCGGCCUGAUGCCGAACAUUGCAGGUACAUGAGGAAUACCUUGACAAACAGCCUCACGUUAAAAGAAGCGCCGAAAAGCGGCACCGGACCGGCCACCAUGCCCCGCUACACGGGCAUUAACCGAAAAAGUCUCUGGCGGAAUCGAAGCCAAAAUGGGUGCCUGGCCUUUAAUUUUGAAUCAUCUGAAAAUUUAGGCUGCUCUCAAACGCGAUUGCAACUUCUUUUUUUGCAGCGGAUCUUUGAUUAGUGACUCGUGUUCCACUGGCGGCUGAGUGCCUGGAGAAGAAAUCUACGUUCGAGAUGAAUGGUGUGACCCGUGACCGCAUUGGUUGGUUGGCUUGAUGGCAGCUGCGACUCAUCCGACUUCCAAUGACGAGGAGAAUUCACAAACUUGUUAAUUCCACUUGUUCUUCACAGCCAAUUACAACACCUUCAUCCAUGUAAGCAUGACUUCCUCCAUUUGCAUGAUUUCCUACAGCUCGUCCGUUCAUCAUCAUCAUGUGGUGAAAAAAAAAACGAAAGAAGUCAGGACACAUCGCGACUAUCCCAAGACUGAAAUGCUUAAUGAGUUAAUUUUUUAGUUUAAUUAAUGACUUAAUGAUUGCUAACACAUUCGUCGAAUUUAUUGACUUACGAUUUUUUAUAUAAACGCUCGCCUCAAUGCA